AGGGCGAACCAGCGUGCCCUCAUUAAAAUGAAUACGGCCGAAAGCCUUUUAUCCUCGUGGGAAAUAAACCGAGCGCGCGAGUCAAAUUCACUUUGCCGCGCCACCCACAGGAGGAGCGCGCGCCCAAUUGAAUCAACGCUCGCCGCCGCUUUUGGAAGCGACGUUCACUUGAGUCCCCGUGGGUACACCGCUCAUUCUCUCUGUCUUACUCUAUAUACCCACUAGUCCACCUCUGAAAGGUACAGACCCCUAAAGAGGAGAAAAAAACGAAGGGAGGGGAAGGGAGAAACAGGAGAGACUGCAGUCGGUGCAUGGCAUGAAGAAGCGGCUGUUGGGGACCCGGCUGGGUAUGGCACAUUACGCCAGGAUCUGAACUGAAACUGGGACCUGGAUUGGGCUCUUAGAUAUGGGUGUUAUAAUAAUAAGAAACCAUUGAGUUUGCAGGAGUAAAGGGGUUAGAAUGUGCUUGAUGUCGUUCGGUGUGACGCUUUUUGAUGCGAAAUUCCGGAUGGGAUGAAAUCGCGUAACCGGGGGCCAAAUCUAGGCGCUAAACGUGACACCACCGAUCUGAGCUCCCCAGAGCUGCGUUAAACCACAUCUUCUGCCCUUCGGAGACGUGCUGAGGGGACAACCACAGAAAGUUUCGCGAUGGCACUCGUCAUGGAACCCGUCAGUAAAUGGAGCCCCAGUCAAGUUGUGGAUUGGAUGAAAGGUCUGGAUGACUGCUUGCAGCAGUAUAUAAAGAACUUUGAACGGGAGAAGGUAGGAGGUGACCAGCUGCUAAGGAUCACCCAUCAGGAGCUGGAGGAUCUGGGCGUAUCCCGGAUCGGACACCAGGAGCUGAUCCUGGAAGCUGUGGACCUGCUGUGUGCUCUGAACUACGGGUUGGAGACUGAAAACCUGAAAACUCUCUCUCAUAAGCUCAAUGCCUCUGCCAAAAACCUGCAGAACUUCAUCACGGGCCGCAGACGCAGUGGUCAUUACGACGGCCGGACGACCCGCAAGCUGCCCAACGAUUUCCUCACAUCUGUGGUGGACCUCAUCGCUGCUGCUAAGAGCCUUCUGGCCUGGCUCGAUAGGUGUUACUUCUUUUGCAGGUCACCAUUUGCUGCCGUAACAGAUUAUUCCGUGACCAGGAACAACGUGAUUCAGCUGUGCCUGGAACUCACUACUAUAGUACAGCAGGACUGCACCGUCUAUGAAACCGAAAAUAAGAUCCUCCAUGUGUGUAAGACAUUGUCUGGAGUAUGUGACCACAUCAUCUCACUGUCGUCAGACCCCCUGGUCUCCCAGUCGGCACAUCUGGAGGUGGUUCAACUGGCUAAUAUUAAACCUACAGAGGGUCUGGGAAUGUACAUCAAAUCCACAUAUGAUGGGCUUCAUGUUAUCACAGGAACCACAGAGGGGUCUCCAGCAGAUCGCUGUAAGAAGAUCCACGCAGGUGACGAGGUCAUCCAGGUGAACCAUCAGACAGUGGUGGGCUGGCAGUUGAAAAACUUGGUAAGCUCUCUGCGAGGGGACCCUGCCGGUGUGACAUUGACCCUGAAAAAGCGUCCCCAGAGCACGCUCACCUCCGCCCCAGCCCUACUAAAGAACAUGAGAUGGAAGCCCCUGGCCCUCCAGCAGCCAGUCGUUCCCAGGAGUCCCACCAGCAGCUCGGCCACACCCACAAGCACUAUCAGCACACCCUCCAAGCGUGAUAGCUCCGCCCUCCAAGACCUGUAUAUCCCGCCCCCUCCAUCCGAGCCUUACAUACCCAGAGAUGAAAAAGGCGGUCUCCUGAGUGAAGGCGGGGUCCCUGUUGCAAAAGGUUCAGAGUCACCAAACUCAUUCCUGGAUCAAGAGUACAGACGACGAUUUCCUCUCAUGGAAGAAGAAGCCGUUCUUUACUGCUACGAGUACGACCCCAGCCAUGGACCCACAACGUCCCGUCGAGACAGCACACCCACUUACGGUCGUCUGAGGCCCAUCUCUAUGCCUGUAGAGUAUAACUGGGUUCCUGAAUACGAGGACCCAGCUAGAAUGAAGAGAGAAGGUCGGAGAGAAAACACUCUGUUGCGGUAUGUAAGUGAUGAGAAGGCGGCUGAUCUGGCUGGGCGUAGCAUGAAGAGAGACACGGGAAAACGUGGCAAGAAGAAGAGCGAAAAGAGCGGGAGCCCCACCCACUACGCCCUCCUCCCAACCCUUCAAAUGGAGGUGCUCCGUCAGGAAUCCAUGAACACGCCUAACCCAGACUCCACCUCUCUUUACCAUGUGAGUAGUAUGUCUUCUGUUCAAGUAUUCUGAAGGGAGUUGGUUUAUUCUG